GUUAGGUAUCUAACAAGUGUGCGACGGGAUAUUAAAGGUCGGCCACGUUUAGGUGGCCCUUUUCAAUCCUUUUUCCUCGCUCGUAUUCAAUCUAGGGUUUUAGGUUUCCACCUUCGCUUCCUCCUUUUUUUUCCCCCUUCGCUCCGCAGCUGUUUCCUGAGAUUCUCAAUGAGCAACAACAAGGACAACUUCAACGUCUCGGAUCUCGGUUCUGCUCUCAAUGAGGAGGAUCGAGCAGGCCUCGUCAACGCUCUCAAGAGUAAGAUACAGAGCCUCGCUGGGCAGCACUCUGAUGCCCUCGAGAACUUAUCACCUGUUGUUCGCAAGCGCGUUGAGGCGCUAAGAGAGAUACAGAGCCAACAUGACGAAUUAGAGGCAAAAUUUUUUGAAGAAAGGUUGGCGCUCGAGGCCAAAUACCAGAAAUUGUAUCAGCCACUGUACUCUCAGCGAUUCGAUAUUGUUAAUGGUGUUGUUGAAGCUGAAGGAGUUGCCAAAGAAUCUGCCGCUGGACAAGAAGAGGAUAAAGAAGCAGCAGAAAAAGGAGUACCCGAUUUUUGGCUAUCUGCAAUGAAGAAUAAUGAAGUAUUAGCUGAAGAGAUUACUGAACGUGACGAAGGAGCUCUCAAAUACUUGAAAGAUAUCAAGUGGUGUAGAAUAGACAAUCCCAAAGGGUUCAAGAUUGACUUCUUUUUUGACACUAAUCCCUUCUUUAAAAAUUCUGUCUUGUCUAAGACAUAUCACAUGAUUGACGAAGAUGAGCCAAUUCUUGAGAAAGCAAUUGGAACCGAGAUUGAAUGGUAUCCCGGAAAAUGCCUGACUCAGAAACUACUUAAGAAGAAGCCGAAGAAGGGAUCAAAGAAUGCCAAGCCAAUCACUAAGACUGAAAACUGUGAAAGUUUUUUCAACUUCUUUAGUCCACCACAAGUGCCCGAUGAUGAUGAAGAUAUUGAUGAGGAUACCGCUGAGGAGCUUCAAAAUCAGAUGGAGCAAGAUUAUGAUAUUGGGUCAACGAUUCGAGACAAGAUCAUCCCCCAUGCUGUCUCAUGGUUUACAGGGGAGGCUAUUCAAGAUGAGGAUUUUGAGGACAUGGACAACGAGGAUGAUGACGACGACAAUGAUGAUGAUGACGAGGAUGAAGAUGAUGAGGAAGAUGACGACGACGAAGAUGAUGAUGAAGACGAGGAUGAAGAUCAAGGGAAGUCCAGGAAAAAGCAGUUGUCAGCUGGGAACAAGAAGGGUGGAAGAGGAGCAGCAGCUGGGGGUGAUGGUCAGCAGGGGGAGAGGCCUCCGGAAUGCAAGCAGCAGUAGGGGAAUGGAAUUUGAUUGGUCUGGUGAGACUGUCUUGUGUUUUGGGGAGUCCGCUGUUCCAAGUAAUUUUUGGUUGGAAAAAGAGUGUGAGGGUCUGCGGAAUCUAUUGCUCUCUAUUGUCUAUGAUUUUUACUUCAAAAUUUUCUUGCAUCAUGUAUUGUGUUUACGUAGAAGGGGAAUUUAGGAGAGUCCAUUCCCUUUCUUGCAUCAUUUUUUUUUUUUUUUUUUUUUUUUUUUUUUUUUUUUUUUUUUU